AUGAACAUGUCAACGACAGAUGUUCUAAUCAUUGGCGCAGGCCCAACAGGUCUGACCCUAGCUCUCGAGCUCUGCGUCCAAAAGAUUCCCUUCCGCCUUGUCGACAAGCUCGAUGCCCCCUCAGACAAGUCUCGAGCCCUGGUUAUGCAAUGUCGUAGUCAGGAACUCCUCAACCGCCAUCCCACCGUCGCCCAGCAGUUGCUCGAAAGAGGUGUCAAGGGUCCUGGCGUCAACAUCUACUGCAACCAGAAGAAGCUUGUCACCGGCACCUUUGACGACCUUGGCUUCGACGAUACCCGCUUCCCGCUGCCGCUGUGGAUCCCCCAAGGCGACACCGAAUCCGCACUUACCCGGCAGCUCGAGGACUAUGGCGCCAAGGUCGAACGGGGCGUCUCGGCCCAAGAUAUCAAGCAGGAUGCCGACUCCACUACCGUUACCCUCGUCCGCGGCGACGAAAGAGAGGUUUUGAAGGCGAAGUACAUUGUCGGCUGCGACGGCGCCCACAGUAUUGUGCGAAAGAGCACGAAUCUUACCUUUGAGGGCGCGCAGUACCCCCAAGAAUACAUCCUGGCCGACGUCAAGCUCGAGGGCCCCUACGACAAGGAAAGAGUAUCCAUGUACCUCGGCAGCCGCAUCAUGGUUUUUUUCCCGCUCAAGAACGGCGUCAUCCGCGUUGUCGGCGAGAGGUCGAAGUCGAGCAAAUUCACCGGCGACCCGUGCGUGCAGGAGGUCCAAGAGUUUAUCGAGGAGAUGGCCGCAGGCACGUGGGAGGUCAGCGACCCGCUGUGGCUCGCGCACUUCCGAUGGAACUGCCGUGGCGUGAACCACUACCGCGACGGCCGGCUUUUUGUGGCCGGCGACGCGGCACAUAUCCACUCCCCCGCCGGAGGCCAAGGUAUGAACACCGGCAUCCAGGACGCGAUCAACCUCGGCUGGAAGCUCGCAGCCGUAUUACGCGGAGACAACGACGACUCGCUCCUGGACUCGUACGACGAGGAGAGACACCCCGUCGGCACUCACUUGCUCUACGGCACAGACCGUAUUUUCAACAUGGUUGCGUCGCAAAACUUCAUCUUCACCACCAUCCGCAAUGCGCUGAUGCCGUGGGUGGCGCCUUAUGUCUGGGGCGACAAGGCGCGCCGCCUGCGCAUGUUUACCUUCAUCUCGCAGAUGGGCAUCAAGUACCGUCGCAGUCCCAUCGUCCACACUGCAACAGGCUUCGAAGGGCCAGUCAAGGGCGGUUGGAGAGCUCCGGACGGUGAGCUCCUGGAUCAGAGAGGGGAGAAGGGCAAAUGGCUGCUCGGGCUGACCAGCAACGCAAAGCACACCAUCGUGCUGUUUUCUGGUAUUCUCGGGGGUGAAGAGGAGGUUAAGCAGAUGGAGGAGAAGAUCCGUGCCGACGCACGGUACAAGGAACUCGAGAUUGUCAAGGUCUUUGGGGGACAAACAUUUGCAACAGGAGGCUUCAGGGAUAAGGAUGGCGUGCUCCACAAGCGGUACGGGUUCGAAAAGGAGGCGGGCUUAGCAGUGGUCCGGCCAGACGGAUAUGUGAGCUUUAUCGGGUCGGCGGAGUCUGUGGAGGAGUUUCUUUCUAUCUGA